AUGGGGCACUUCCUCAGAAAGCGGCUGACGGACUCAAAGGAAAGGCCACUAUCGGGACGUCCUGCUUCUACGCUGCUCCUGGAAUAUCUGAACUAUCUUUGGACAAAUGGUCUGAAAAGUCAUAUAAGUCAGAAGCAGGUCCAUUUUUUGGAGAUGAAGCUGCGGUGGGACAUGCACUUCCUCCUCCUCCUGAGCCUGCUGGAACUGGGCUCAGCCCAGGUUAACCCAGCAGGAGUGUGCCGCUAUCCUCUGGGGAUGUCAGGAGGGCAGAUCCAGGACGAGGACAUCUCUGCUUCGAGUCAGUGGUCUGAGUCUACUGCUGCCCGAUACGGACGGCUGGAUUUUGAGGAGGGCGAUGGAGCUUGGUGUCCUGAGAUCACAGUGGAGCCCGACCAUCUAAAGGAGUUCCUUCAGAUUGACCUGAGAUCACUGCACUUUAUCAGUCUGGUUGGCACCCAAGGGCGACAUGCAGGCGGCAUCGGUAACGAGUUUGCGCAAAUGUAUAAGAUAAAGUACAGCCGCGAUGGAAGCAGGUGGAUCUCCUGGAGGAACAGACAGGGCAAGCAGGUGAUCGAAGGAAACAGAAAUGCUUACGACAUCGUCCUGAAGGACCUGGAGCCUCCAAUAGUCGCCCGGUUUGUGCGGUUUAUGCCUGUGACGGACCACUCCAUGAACGUGUGCAUGAGGGUGGAGCUGUACGGCUGUGAAUGGCUCGAUGGCCUGGUCUCGUAUAAUGCUCCCAUUGGAGAACACAUGACUUUAGGGGGCUCUUUUGUUCAUCUGAAUGAUUCUCUUUACGAUGGAGCACUCGUCCUCAGUAUGACGGAGGGCUUGGGCCAGCUCACUGAUGGAGUGUGUGGUUUGGACGAUUUCACAGUCAGUCAUGUCUACAAUGUGUGGCCUGGUUAUGACUAUGUGGGCUGGAACAACGAGAGCUUUCCAAAUGGAUAUGUUGAAAUCAUGUUUGAGUUCGACCGCACACGAAAUUUCACCUCCAUGAAGGUCCAUUGUAACAACAUGUUUGUGCAGCAUGUCAAGGUCUUCAGGCUGGCGGUGUGCUACUUCAGGUCAGAUUUGGACUGGGAGGUUUCCCCCCUGAGCUUCAGUCCAGUGGAAGACCUGAAAAAUCCCAGUGCGCGGUUUGUGACGGUAAACCUCGCGCACCACAUGGCUUCAGCCAUCAAGUGCCAGUUCUACUUCUCUGAUGCUUGGAUGCUCUUCAGUGAGAUCACCUUCCAGUCAGCGGCGUCGAACGGCCCUCGCCACACCGCGCGACACCCCGCACCACGCGCCUUGCCGCUCCGCUACGACUCCCCGCUCCGCUACGACUCCCCACUCCGCUACGACUCCCCGCACCGCGCUCCGCUACGACUCCCCGCACUGCGCUUCGCUACGACUCCCCGCACUGCGCACCGCUACGACUCCCCGCACCGUUACGACUCCCCGCACCGCUACGACUCCCCGCACCGCUACGACUCCCCGCACCGCGCGCCGCUACGACUCCCUGCACCGCGCGCCGCUACGACUCCCCGCUCCGCUACGACUCCCUGCACCGCGCGCUUCUACAACUCUCCGCUCCGCUACGACUCCCCGCACCGCUACGACUCUCCGCAGCGCUACGACUCCCCGCAGCACUACGACUCCCCGCACCGCUAG